AGAUCGCUUAACCUAACUGCCAAACCAAAAAUUUUGAACACUGUAGACUGUGGGUUAAGAUGACGCCUUAAUACUUCACUGGCAUACGGAUUUUUGUAAAUGGUGGGAAUACAAGACAACUUUGAGCGAUUUGAACCACUUUUACUACAUGAAAAUGAGUAAUCCGUAUUUUCGCAUUGAAGACCAUCAACAGCAAAUAUAUCAAGAUGGGGAAAUGGAUAUAGAUUGCCAUUCGGUUACUAGCAAAGCAAGUCAACAUGUAAAGCUACAUGAAAUGGAAGAGCAACUGGAAAUAGCUGAAAACCGCUGUAAUUCGUUGAAGGAUCAAUUGGAUGAAAUGAAAAGGCUCUAUCAAAAUAAAACCGACUCGGGCAGAAAUCAAAAAAUUCCCAGACCUCUGAGUGCAGUUAGAAAAAUUCCAGAACUGAAAAAGUAUAAGGCAACGCCCCGCACGUGCAAAGAUUUUAAUGACAUCCAAAAUGCAUCGGAUAAAUUAUCAACCCCUGUGUUAACUCAAUCCUUCCACGAACGUGACAACAUCUCAUCAAGUCCCGAUGAUACCAACGUGGCAAUGAUGAAACAAAAUUCUCAAAUAAUCAGUACCGAUACUUCCGGUGCUGCCGUCCAAACAAUCAACAAUAUCUUGAACGGCAUUACUGAUUCUGUAAACAAACUUUCUCAACUACACGUAAAAUUAGAAUAUGAUAAACCCCUCGCAGCGCGAAAAUCGAGAAAAUUGAAGGAUUCAGCUUGCGGAGAUGAUCAACCAGAAUACUCACCUCGUUUGGAAUCAGUACCGGAUCAGAGUGAUCAUGGCGAUCACACUCAAGAGGACCUCAACCCAAGAUCAUCAUCAAUAGCUAGUUUACCCUCUAAAAGUAACGUUCCCAGAAGAAAAAUUAGACGUAAACAACAACUAAAUAAACGAUCGACGAUUUCCGUCAACAUCACUACAAAGAAAAGCGUAAAAUCAACCGCAAAACACGUUGAGAAAAAAUUUAAAAUGGAACCGGUGAAAAUGGUGAAACACGAUUCCGGUUCAAUUUUAUCGCCGAAAUCAAAAAAAUCAAUUCAACCACCAAAACGAUUGAUGCCGACUUCUCGCGAGAGAAUGCAAAAAUCUAAACCGUUAAAAACAGGUUCGUUAGAUCCUGAGAAAUUGGUGGAGAUAUAUCAUAACGUUGCAGCGAAAGAUACCGAUUCCGAUGAGAGUGCAAGAGGAGAUAUUGCUAAAAGAAAGUCGAAAGAUAGGAAAUUUAAGUCGAGUUCUGAAACUGUUCCUUCUUAUACUUUCGAUGAACAAUCCUCCGAAUUGAUCGAACCUCGUCCUCAAACGCAACAAAAUGUGAAAACACACUCGCAAUUAACGCAAUCACAACUAACACAAAAGUAUUAUCAACAGAAUGUUUCCCAAGGUGAUCCAGGUGUUUUGAAUUAUCAACGCCAAUUGUCUCCUAUUGAUGAAAAUACAUACUCAGAACCGAAUGCUCCUAGAAUGGAAUGUUACAACAACAUGAUAACUUGUUCAAGAAAUUAUGAGUUACCUACAAUCGCCUCGAAAAUGAAGCAGGUUGCUAAAAGAUAUUUGAGAGAAUUUAAUUUAAAUGCGAUUCCAUUUUGUCCGACUAAAUCUACAAGUCCCAGUCAUAACAUAGGUAUUAACAUCCAACAAGUGAUGAAUAUUUUAAAGACAAGGCAACCACUUAGUGGUAUAUCACCUACUUUAGCGCACAAUAUUGGAAUAGCUGCUGGAAAGUUACGAAAUAGAUCUUUAUCCGCUAUGGCUUCUACAAUAGGUUCUCGAGCUGGUAGUUCUAUUAGGUAUGAAAGAAUGGCGUGUCCCUUAAACCGACAUAGCUUGAAUUAUCAUCAAUUACAAGAAAUGGCUAAGGAGAUUCCUGAAGAACCUGACGAAGAAGAAGCCAUGGAAUCUGGAGCAGCGGGUGAUACAAAUAGAAUAUUUAAGUGGACAUCAGACCCAAGUAAACAAAAAACUUGUACUUGCGUGCCACAGAAAGGUAAUGAUUUUCAACAAAUUUACAACAAGUACCAAGGCAGUGUUUAUUCAACCAGCACUAUUACGCAGCCAAUAAUACAAAACAAUCCAAUGCGUGUGCGUUGUUCCUCUGCCAGACAGCCGUUUCGAACAAAAACAAAAGUUUGGUCUAAACCCGAUAAAUCCUUAGAUACGAAACCAAGUACUGUUUUGAAAGGAAAAGAAAAAAAUCUUAAAGAAGUUUUAACAAAUCUUCACAAUGAAUUUGCUUAUCUCAACUCAGAAUAUGAAAAUUUAUCGAACAAAAUAGCCGAAAUGGGCAACCAACCCGACGAAGAGCUCGUAAAGCAACUUGAAAAUAUGGAAAGGUGUCUUAGCAAUAAAGAAGAAGAAAUAACUAUGGUGAUGGCUUUAUACAAAGAAGUUGUCGACUUGAAGCAGCAAGUUAAAGUGUUAAAAAUCAAAGCCAGCACUGCAUCAGUUACACUUUCUCAACAAAUGCAAAUGCAACAAGUUGUACAGCCACCUCAAAUUAGUAGAUUUCGCGAUUACACCGAUCCGCUCGCUGCAAUACAUUUAACAAAGCUUUUAAGGCAAAUUCAAGUAUAUCAAGAAACGAAUAGGAUAGGACGCAGGUCGUAAAAUUGUCGUCAUACAUUGAUUUCCAUAUUUCAUGAUAAAUUCUAGUUUAAACGUUUAUUGUAUUUUUAAUAAACAUAAAUGUUACAUAAAAUAAGCUAUUAUACAA